AUGGCAGAACCGCAGCAACAGCUGGUUGACAUCGACCCGGAUUUCGAGCCUCUCUCCCGGCCGCGAUCAUGCACCUGGCCACUGCACCGACCUGAAUCUAGCGAGCCGGGGAGCUCGAACACGUCCUCCCCGGCACCGUCCGUCAAGCCGGAGCAAAGCGUUGUGGACUUUAUCAACAGCCUAAGUUUACUAGAAGAGACCGAGGACUACCCGGAGGAGAAACCCGUCCUUUUGAACGACUUCCACUGCCAGGACAACUGCGUUCAUCCCCAGCAGCCGAAUCCCCAGCUGACUCACCCGCAACAGGUGCCGCCGCUCCCCGCCCCUGCCAGCAGCUCCAGCCCUGUAUCGGCCCAGAGGAAGAGCAGCUCGUCUCGCAGGAACGCGUGGGGGAAUAUGUCUUACGCUGACCUCAUCACCAAGGCGAUCGAGAGCUCCCCUGAGAAGCGGCUCACCCUGUCUCAGAUCUACGAGUGGAUGGUGAAGAGCGUCCCUUACUUCAAAGAUAAGGGCGACAGCAACAGUUCAGCGGGCUGGAAGAACUCAAUCAGACACAAUCUUUCCUUGCACAGUCGUUUCAUGCGCGUCCAGAAUGAGGGAACGGGGAAGAGCUCAUGGUGGAUGCUGAACCCUGAGGGGGGAAAGAGCGGUAAGUCUCCACGCCGGAGAGCCACUUCCAUGGACAACAACAGCAAGUUCACCAAGAGCCGCGGACGAGCAGCCAAGAAAAAGAUGUCGUUGCAGAGUGGACUGGAUGGUGGUUCUAACAGUCCUGGUUCUCAGUACCCAAAAUGGCUCGGCAGCCCUAACUCUCACAGCAAUGAUGACUUCGAACCCUGGACCACCUUUCGCACCCGUGCCAGCUCUGAUGCCAGUACGCUCAGUGGCCGUCACUCACCCUUCCUACCCGAGGAGGACGAGCCCGGUGAGGUCCCCAUCGGGUACCCAGGCACCAAACUGGGCGGCCCCCUCCCCAGCCUGUCCGAAGUGACGGGUCACCACGGUUCCGAGAACGUGAUGAUGGACAAUCUCUUAGACAACCUCAACCUCAUCUCACCACAAAACAACACCCAGGGCGGCCAAGACGCCCAAACUGCGCUGUCUUCCCCCAUGAUGCAGGGUAGUCCUGGGUACCCAUCUUACAGCUCGCCCGGUAUGGGUCCUCAACCCCAAGUCCAGCAGGACUACCGGAAGUGUAGUAUGUAUGUACAGGCCGGAGUGGGUGGACUGAGUCCAAUUGCAAUACCGACUUUAUCGGACAGUCAACCAGGAGGCUACGGCCCCUUCGUGAGUCAGUACAACUGUGCUGCAGGGCUGCUGAAAGAGCUGCUGAGUGCAGAUGCCGAUCCGAGAGGGGACAUGAUGCAGCCUUUAGACUCACUGGGGUCUGGAGAAGGGCGACGGGUGCUACCUAGCUAUGCUAGUCUAGGACAAAUGGGACAAGGAGGCAAAAUGAUCACGCAUCCUCACCUGCAUGCGCACCCACGCUCACUUCAUCAGUUGCCUUCGCCAGCAAUGGGCAUGAAUGGCUGUGCCCAUUUGCCCCACAGGCAUCCUGUUCGCCUCGGUAACAUGAAGCUACAACCACACCUGCCUCAUCACGCCCAACUGGGAAGAGCAGGAGGCGAAGUCGGGAUGCCGAAUUACACCAAUGGUUUCCACAGGCACGGACCGGGUCCUCACCACCAUCACAGCCCACUGGAGCGGCUGCCCAGUGACUUAGAUGACAUGUCGAUCGAGCAGCUGGAGUGUGAUGUGGAAACCGUCCUUCACGACACGCUCAUGGAUGGGGAUGCUCUGGACUUCAACUUCGACCCCAUGAGCAGUCAGCAGGGUUUCCCACACGGGGUCAAGACCAACACACAUAGCUGGGUAUCUGGAUAAACACACGAUUAACUCAAAACACAUACAGAUUGGUGAGCAGGAUGUUUAUAAUCAUGUGAUAUGAAUUAAUCCUAACAAAUGUGGGUGAAUAUAUAUAUGUAAAUAUGUCAUAGACAUAAGCAGAAAGCUGUAGGUCAUACCAAAAGGCUGCACAUACAAGAGAGAUUUGAACCUUGCGUUUCCCUCCCAUCUGCUAGGACUCAAUUAUUGAAAAUAUAAUGUAAAACAAAAGUUAAAUACACAAAUAGAUUUUUGGCAUCAUUGAAACCCAUCUCUGCAUAAUUGCGAAGAUUUUUUUUCCCUUUAUUGUGUCUGUCUAGAAAUUCUGUCUUUACUUCUCACAGUUGUGCCUUUUUUAUAGAUAAGUAUACAUAUCUCACAAUUCCAAUUUUAUUUCUCCCAAUUCUGAAUUUAUUUCUCACAAUUGUGACUCUACUUCCCAUAGUUGUAAAUAAAUAUCUUGCAAUUCUGAUUUUAUUUCUCCCAAUUCUGAAUUGCUCACAACUGUCUCUCAAUUUUUCGUAGAUGUGAAUAUAUAUCUCACAAUUCUUCUGAUUCUGAAUUUAUUCCUCACCAUUGGGACUUUAUUUCCUGUAGUUGUGACUACAGUAAGUAGUCAGCUGAAUUGCCUAUGACCACCUACAGACUGCAUAUCUAUAAAUCCCAAUUUUAUUUCUCAGAAUUCUGACUUAACUUCUUACAAUUGCAACUUUGUAUAUCUCAUAUAAAAUAGAUAAAUUACUGAAAUGACGGAUGUCAUUUUAGUUUUCUAUUACCGUUUUCUCUAUUCUCUCUCUCUCUCUCUCUGAAGAGUGUGCAUGCACCUCAUGAUCUGUUUACCUCAGUCAGAACUUCUGCAGCCAAUCAGCAGAGGCCAGUGAAUGGUCAUAUUUUUUUACUGAUUUACAGUAUAUUGUUCCAGUAGACUCCAUGAUUGUCGGGAAUCAUCAUAAUCUUCUUUUUGCUUGCGGUUAGUCAGAACGUUUCAUUAAAAAUAGUCAUGUCAAACACUCAGACAUUUGAGAAUGUUUUGUAUAUUUUUGUCUAUUUGCUCUUUCAGUUUGGCACUGUAUGCCACUGAAAUGAAUUAAGGGCAGAUGUGUGUGGCAUAUUAACUGGAGUGCUGUGUAAUGUCUGGUGUAGUGUACAUUACAGUUAUCUUUGUCAUUUCUGGGUGCUGAACGAAUGUGUUUUGUACAGAGAUGUAUAUUUUUGUUGUACUGAUGGGAUGGUUAAUGAAAUGUUUAUAUUUGUACAUUUGUAAGCUUCUUACAGGUGAUUUAAAUGCUCUUUUAAUAACCCCUCCCAGCCUUUAAAUGUCUGAAAAAAAUCAUUUUAUCGUGGCCUUGUUUGCUUUACAUAUAACAUAGAUUUUCUCAAACUGCUGGAUGAAAUUCUUUAAUUGUACACAAUGAUGUGUACUUUGUGCCUUUCUGUCUUACAACCUGGCAUUUGAUUGAUGUGAUUUCUGAUUUAAAAUCCAUUUUAUUUAUUUAUCUAUUUUAAUGAAUUAAAAAAUAAAAUGUCAGAGUGGUUUAACCAUCAUAAGAUAACCGCAAAAAGUCUAAAUAUUAAAAGGCUAUUUAAUUUAAAGUAUAGCCCCAUGAAAACUUCAUGAUAUUCAUGAUUCAGACAUUCAUAAUUGUAAAAUAAUAAUAAUAAUUUUAAUCUUGGAAAAUUAUGUAUUAAAAACAUUUUUAUAUUAUUAACCUUCCUCCUCCCCAGUUAACCAUGAUGGCAAAAUGGAACAAAUUUAAAAUGAGCAAUGUGGAGAUUCUAGAAUUCUCAGAAAAGGUCACUGGAGGCUACACUUUACUAAAGACUCAUUUUGCAUCUGUCUGAGGGCAUCAGGCUAAAGGACAUUAAUUUGAUAAUUUGGUGUAAUUUAAGAUUUUUCUGUGUUCCUGUUUUAAUAUUGUACAUGCACGCGCGCACACACACACAUUCAUUGUAAAUGAACAUCUACAAAAUAUUUAAUUCUUUGAGAUUUCUAAUGUGAGAUUUUCUGUCUAAGCAGUGAGGCGUACCAUGAAGGUUUUAUAAAUUAUAAAGAAUUUUAAACAUAUGCAUAUAUUUUUGACAUAUAAAACAACAGUCUGCAUUUUGUAGUCAUUUCAGACCGUGAAUGAAUAUCAAGUAUGUUUUGUUUGUGUCUGUUAUCAAAUAUCUGUAUAUAAUUACAUAUCAUUAAGUGUCACUGACUUUGAGUUUCUGAAUAUGUUUGUUUGAUUCUUUUGACAUGUAAAAAGCAUUGAUUUAGUCGUAUUUAAUAAUCACAAAUGUUAUUUGUUUUGACUCUAAUUUCCUUAUGGAUGGAUUUGCCUCAAAUGUGUUAGUGAAGUUUUGUAUUUUUUAUUUUUGUCUGAUUUUAAUGUUGUCUGACAUGACCUACCGUAACUGAGAUGGGAGAUGUAUUCCCACUGUAGCCAACUGUACAUUAGAAACAUACACUCAUCGUACAGUCCUUGUCAGAACCACAUGCUUUUAUAGACUAGUUCUACAUGGAGGAAGUGCCUAUUAAUAUUGUAAUGUAAACAGCGAUGAAGAAUUGAUUUUAAUUUAAAAAGAAAAUUGCAGCUGUUAUAUGAAGCCAUAAUUGUAUAUAAAGGUAUGAAUAUAUGAA